UCUAAAUAUAUUUUUGGUUAAAAAAGAAAAGAAAAUAAAAGAAAAUGUUUACCAGUGUAGUAGGUAUUUAGAUUUCUCAGAGAAACGAAUGCGAAUGAUACAAAAAUUUCAUUACUCCAAACAAGAAAAAAGUUGUACCCUUGGAUGUGCCUUUUUGAAAUGGGGUUUGAGGAAAAAGCUAUAAAGCUGCAAGUUAAAGAGGAGAAAGCUUGCGAAACGAAAAAAAUUUGUCUGCAUGCUUUUACUGAUCUGACCUAUGUUGCUCCAAUUGUAUUCUUAUACCUUCUUAAAGAAUGUUAUGUUCAUGGAAACUUGAAGGCAACUAAAAAGUUUCGAGCUCUUCAACAAGAAGUCCACCAAGUUCUAUGCAAUUCUCCCCAACCAGGACCAGCUACUUUUGUUGCUUAUUGUCUGUAUAUCCUGCCCAUAUUUGGAUCUUACUGUGAAGGCUUCAGUCAUUUGAUUGUAUCUGCUUUUCAUCGUUUUCUAAAGACAGCAGCCACCACUGGAGAUUCUUUGGAAGCAAAAAUUAUAGCUGUGCAAUUAUUUCUUGAUAUUGUUGAGGGUUCUAUUGACCAUGAUGAGAGGAUUGCUGUGAAGAUACUUGAAGUUUUUGAUAUCAAGUUGACAGAUAUCGAGAAAGUUGCAUCCCAAUCAAAGGCCAAGAAUGACCGUUGGUUUCACAAUGUAAAGGCAUUUCUUGAGCAGUAUAUAUUUGGAUUCAUAGAAUCAGAGUCAUAUAUGACAGCUGUGAAUCUGUUGGAACACUUCUCUAUCCGUCAAUCUGGGGAAUCUUUUCUUGUCAAAAUGAUAGAAAAGAAACAAUUCAGAGCAGCAGAGAAGUGGGCAACAUUUAUGGGGAAGCCAAUGUUAUUCAUGCUCGUCCAGGAGUAUGUUGACAGGAAUAAACUAAAGAAUGCUUAUUUGAUUGUAAAGAAGAACAAUCUCCAGCAAGAAUUUCCAGAUGUGCAUCACAAAUACAAAGAAAGUGCAUUAAAAAAAUUAGCAGAAAAAGCAUGCUGGGAUGUUGCAGAGGCAAAGGCAAAUGGUGAUAGGCAAUUAGUUGACUAUCUGGUUUAUCUGGCCAUGGAAGCUGGUUACUUGGAGAAGGUUGAUGAACUUUGUAAUCGAUAUUCCCUUGAAGGUUUUCCAAAAGCACAAGAACAUGAAGCAAUUUUUUUGCAGCAUUGCUUUUUAAAUCUCAAUGAAUUGGGAGUAGAAGACAUAAUUUGGGUGGACGAGCUUAAUGGUCUUGGUAAGGCAACAUGCCACAUUGAGGGAUCCAAAGUUGUGGGCCUUGACUGUGAAUGGAAACCCAAUUAUGUAAAAGGUAGCAAACCAAACAAGGUUUCUAUCAUGCAAAUAGCUUCUAAUAAGAAGGUUUUCAUCCUUGACUUGAUAAAAUUAUAUAAUGACGUGCCUGAUGUUUUAGACAACUGCCUAACUCACAUCUUGCGGUCCCCAAGAAUUCUAAAACUCGGUUAUAAUUUUCAUUGUGAUGUAAAGCAACUAGCUCAAUCAUAUGGAGAUUUAGAGUGUUUCAAGUGUUAUAAUAUGCUAUUGGACAUCCAGAAUAUGUUCGAAGAUCCCCGAGGUGGCCUCUCUGGUCUUGCAGAGAAGAUAUUGGGAGCCGGCUUAAACAAAACUAGACGGAAUAGCAACUGGGAACAAAGACCAUUGAGUCAGAAUCAGCUUGAGUAUGCUGCUCUAGAUGCCGCUGUUCUUAUUCAAAUAUUCUACCGUGUUUGUGACCAUUCUCAUACUGCUGAUGCAUUAGAUGGGCAUAACAAAAUCGAGUGGAAGUCUUAUAUUGUUUCUCACAUGGAUAAUCCAAGAAAGUCCAGAAAGGAAUCUAGACUUAGAAAAGAACCAGAACCGGAAGUCAAGGAGGACGAGGCAUGAGAAAUCAAGUUUCCGCAGCAACCACAUUACAACAAGGUCAUAGAUUGUUUCAACUUUAUGGUAGUUCUAAUUACUCGAGUUUAUGAUUCUCAACAUUCUGGAUAUUGACAUAGAGAAAGAAUAAUGUUAAGUCGAUUCUCAAGCAGUUGAUUUGCUAUCUAGCUUUUAUCUAGCACAACAAUAGUGUGAAGUUAGGUUUUGUCAGAAACAUUUUAUGGCGGAGACAAAUCUUACUUGAACACUUUAGGGAGCCCUUUGAAGGAAAAGCCUGUAAAUAUGAUUCAAAUCUCGGGAUUUGCUGACUAGCAUAAGGCAUAAAUGUUGGUGUACAUUGUUUGAUGUGGUAGGUCGGAAUUUGAAUCUCGUAUCUUUUGAAUAAAACCUGGUGCAUUAAGUUUUGAGUUGUAAGUAAA